AUGGCAGAUAACGACGAUUUUGACGAUUUGGAUGAUUAUUUAGACGAUUUUGCCGACGAAAUAUUAGACAAGCCUUACACUGUAGGUGUCGAACAUGAUGGUGAAUCAGCUCCUGCAAAAAAUGAUGCUGAUCAGGAAGGCAACGAUGAGCUUACUGAACAGCAACUCGAAAAGGAAAUAGAGACACAAAUGGCAUCGUUAUUCGGGGAAAGCUAUAAGGAUCCACAAUCGAAAAAACAUUUAGAUGAGUUGAUGAAUCAAUUAGCUUCGACGUUUGAUUUAGGAGGACAACAGCCUGCUGAUGAUAAGGAAGAAUCAACCAAAAAGGAAGAUAUCCCAAAAGAUUUCAGCUCAGUGAUCUCUGGAACAAUGUCUAGAUUGAAAGAUCAAGAUGCAAAAAUUGAUCAAUCAAUAAAGAAAGAAGAAGCGGAUAAACAGCAGCCAUCGCUUUCCAAUCAAGAGGAUUUGUUGGCCAAAUUGAUGAAGGAUAUGAAUCUUGAUGAAACUUUGGGUGGUUUGGGAUUCGAUCCUUCAGAAGGAAUUUCUGACGAAGGAGGUCUAGAGCAGUUGUUGAACAAUAUGGUUGUGCAAUUGACAUCUAAAGAGUUAUUGUACGAUCCAAUGUCAAAGCUAUCGAUAGGCUUGCCUAAAUACAUUGGAGAAAACGAAACUAACCCAAAAGUCUCCAAAGACGAUAUGGAGCGUUACAAGUCACAGUUAAAACACGUUGAGAAAAUCUUGAGUAUUUAUGAUGAUCCAAAAUUUGACGAUAAAAAUGAUGAAUAUCAAAAAUUGAUUAGUGAUAACUUGGAACAAUUGCACGAAUGUGGGCUACCACCACCAGAAUUAAUGGAUGAUAUGCCAGGUGCAUCCACAGGUAUUCUGCCACCAAUGAAUUUUAAUCCGGAAGAUUUGGAAAACGCUCUUCCGACUGAUGGUUGUGAACAACAAUAA